AUGUUUCAAUUGAGUGCACGACUUGCAUCUAGACGAUAUGCCUCCCGAACGGUGAAAUCGGCGGUAAAAAUACCUAACGAAGUUCAUCACAGUGCUAAACCAACUAAUGUCGACAAAAAUCUACCAAGAGAGCGUCGAAUUAAAGCUUGGGAGAAGGCAGGAGAAGAGAAAGACUCUUGGUUUAGAAGGAAAUAUGCCCAUAUCCAUGCCAGAGAAUCCAAAAGAGACGCUGCACAACGCUCUCACGAAAAAAGCAAAGCAGAAACUCGUUCGCAGUCUCAAGGUCACCGCGCCAAAUUCGGCAAUCGCACUCCCGUCACUGGUCUAAGGCCAAACCCUCUGAUGGAAUACUUGUAUGGGACUAAUAGCGUGGUUUCAGCGCUGCGAGCAAACAAAAGAGACUAUUUUUCGAGAAUUCUAUACCACGGCGUGUUGCCUCUGGAAGUGCAGCAGUUGGCCAAAAACGCAGACAUUGCAUUAGAAAUUACCGACAAACAUCGUCUCAAUCUUUUGACAAACUAUGCGGUCCACAAUAACCUUGUUCUUGAAACCAAGGCGCUGCAACUUCCGGAAAUCAAGGCAUUGGGACCCAGCAGUCUGGAGACUCAGUCAUUCGCUUACCAAGAGCUUUUUUUCGACCAACCUCAAGAACGGCAUCAGGAAUUUAUUGCCAAAGAGGGCAAGAAGUUUCCCUUGGGUGUGUACCUCGAUGAAGUUGUGGACCCACACAACAUGGGGGCCAUAAUCAGAACAGCAUAUUUUUUGGGCGCGGAUUUCAUGGUACUUUCUCGUAGAAACUGUGCACCAUUGUCACCUGCGGUAUCGAAAACCAGCAGCGGUGCCACCGAGCUUUUGCCCAUCUUUACUGUUGAUAAGCCUUUGGAUUUCGUCACGAAGUCGCAGACUGAGGGCGGCUGGACUUUUGUCGCAAGUGGCACUACAAAGAACAAUAAGUUUACUGACAAUAAGAAGUUGACUGCUAACGAUCUGCGCGGAAUGUUGCAGGAGUUUCCAGUGGUUUUGGUUGUUGGCAACGAGGGAGUUGGCGUGCGCACCACCCUGGAAAUGAGAAGCGACUUUUUGGUGGAAAUUCCUCAAGGUCGUGAACUGCUUGGAACUUCUUCUGUGGACUCGCUGAACGUGAGUGUUGCAACGGCGAUUCUUUUGAACAAUAUUUUGGGUUGA